AUGUUUGGGCCUAAGAAAUGGGCUUGGGUUUCGAGGCUCCCAAGCAACCCUGAACCUCCAUUUCUCGACUCAUCAAUGGGCCUCAUGACAACUUAUUACCAUUCAUACCACAACCCACUCAAGCAAGCCCCAUACAUCUUGCGUGGCUUGGGCCUACUUAAGCUUGUAGCUAUUGGCUGCGCAAAUCUCACGGCCUGGUGCUCCGGGCCGAGGGGAUGUGCGUUAACACGUGACGUCCUUCUUUUGGAUGCGGUGUGGUUGUGCGUGGGCGUACCAGCACGGUCUACCGUGCAUCGAGAUGGUGAUGAGGUUCGGGUAGAGGAUGGUUAA